UGGCCCCAUGUGGGCUUAUAUCUUGGCCCAUGAGAAUGCUGUUCCUCUCUGGAGAUCCCUGAUGGGACCCACCAAAGUAUUCCGAGCCCGAAACAAUGUCCCGGACUCCAUCCGAGGAUCUUACGGCCUCACUGACACCAGGAAUACCACUCAUGGCUCAGAUUCACCAGCAUCAGCCAGCAGAGAAAUUGCUUUUUUCUUCCCAGAGUUCAAUGAACAGCUCUGGUACCAGCAUGAAGAGCCACAUCUGCGCUGUAGGCAGGUGUAUUACAACGCAGAGGAGCGUGUUCACUGUGUGUUCAGGGAUGAAGAAACAGAGUUGACCUGA